AUGACGUUUUGUGCACGGGCGGGAGUGUCCGUCCACACCGGUCAAGGACCAACCUGCCUAGGCACAUUUGUGUGCGACCGACAACCUACCACUCAAGCUAGCAUAAACCUACUUGUUCGAGGCAAGGGGAAGGAGCUAAGCCAAGGCGACAAGCAGCAACGGGCCGAUGCUUCGCGUCAGUGA